AUGACCGAAGUUGAGAGGAGCUGGAGGAGGACACCGGAAUCGCACAGUGGAAGCAAUGGUCAGAUGCUGAUGGGCAACGCAAGUCCAGUGAAGAGGAGAGCAAGAUCGAACUCGAAGAGUAAUGGUGGCAAGAUGAGUGAGGAGAUGGAGGAAGGGCACAAGCAGAAAUUGCAGGAGAAGCGUCUAGAACAGCCUCUGGAGCUUGAUACAUUUCGGCCUGCGGUGGCUCCAAGAAAUAAGUAUACCCAUAUCAUAAUCCUCAAGUCUUUAAACGAGACUUUUGAGACGAAGUUUCUAGUGGUUCCUUUCAAGCCGGAGAGUUUCAAGUUGGGGAGACCGGUGGUGAACUCCAACGCUUCGAGCCAGAACUACGCCGGGGCCGGGGGCAACAUUGGGAAACAGGAUCCGCAACAGGUACCCCAGGUGCGGCCCGACAACGGGCAUUUCGACUCGCGAGUGCUGUCACGUAACCAUGCUUCCUUGAGCUGCGAUCCUGCAACGGGCAAAAUAUACAUCAGAGACCUCAAGUCUAGUAACGGGACGUUUGUGAACGGCGAUAGGAUAGACCAGAACGACGUGGAACUGAAAGUGGGGGAUGUCAUCGACCUGGGCACCGAUAUCGAUAGCAAGUUUGAACAUAGGAAGAUUAGUGCUUAUGUGGAAGAUAUCUCGGUAAUACCCCUGAUCAACGAAACUGCACAGACGGGCAAUUCGCUAUUCGAUAGCAGCAGUGGGAAGGAUGCAUAUGCAACUGGCCCACCAAGCGGAAGUACUGGUCAAGAAUAUAUGUCGGGCUCCUCAACUACAGCGCAAAGAGCAGCUUUUGAAGCGGCGAUGUUUGGUGACGUUAAUAAUCUAGACCUGGAAGACACAGUUUUGGGUUCCGAGACAGAAAUUCUAAGCGGAAUAUUUAUCAACAACUCCAUUGGCACCAGUCCCAACUUAAUAAAUGUCAUAAAGGCGCUGGCAACCGAGAUUUCGUUGGAAAAACAUGAAUACGCCAAGCUGAAAUCGAUGGAAAGCUUUCUAAUAAACUAUACGACGAAUCUGGAAUACGUUAACAAGCUAAUGGUUGAGAAGAAUGAUAAGCAGUUGGUAAAAUUACAGAGUGCAUUACGACAGAAAAUGUCUGAGAAACAAUCACAUAUAAUGAAGGAGCACAAGUUGCAGCUGGAUACUGUCCUCAGGGAGAAGAACGACAUGCAAAGAGCGUUUGACAUAGAGGCCACAAAGUCUGAAGAGCAUAUAAAAGAAUUACAGAAUGAUCUAGAGGAUUUACGCACCAGAUUGGAAGUGGAGAAAUACAGAAAUGCACAGCUCAGCAAGAGUAUUAUAGAGCAAGAUCAAAGAGAUGAGCCGGCUCAAAACACGCAAAACGGUACAAAGCUGAAGGAAAACAGAGCGGCGUCUGCAGGAAAGGGGGUCGACUCAGAGCACAGGAGAUUAGGAGGUGGUAGUUUACUGCUUGUAAGCGUUAUAUCUGUGGGGUUUAUCGCUUACGCGAUGACGCUUUCCUCUGAGAACCAUGCAUAG